AUGUUUGAAGCAACUUUUGAUAAAGCAGCAUUGUUUAAACAUAUCAUUAAAGCAACAAGAGAGCUUGUUACUAAUAUUAACAUCAAGUUUACAGAAUAUGACAUCAACUUUACAAGCAUAAAUUCAUUAUACAUCACAUUCAUCUCUGUCCAUCUUGAUAAAAAAAGUUUUGAAAAAUAUAUUUAUGAUA